GCGCCGGCGGCGCUGUCAGCGCUGGCCCCCGGCGGGGCGGGAAGAUGGCGGCCGGCGGCGGGGGCGGAGGCGGCGGCGGCGGCGGCGGCCUCGUAUUGCCGGCAGGUGCCAGCCCUUCCUCCGCACCCCGAGGGGAGCUCUGAGGGCCCCGCGUCGCACCCCCAGGAUGAGCAGCAAGGAACCCCCCGAGGUCUCUGAGAGGAGCCACCUGAAGGUUUUCCUGCCCCGGAAGCUGGUGGAGUGUCUGCCCAAAUGUCCCGUCCUGCCCAAGGAGCAGCUGCGCUGGAACACCAACGAGGAAAUCGCCUCCUAUCUCAUCACCUUUGAGAAACACGACGAGUGGCUCUCCUGCUCCCCCAAGACCAGGCCGCAGAACGGUUCCGUCAUCCUCUACAACCGGAAGAAGGUGAAGUACCGCAAGGACGGCUACUGCUGGAAGAAGCGCAAGGACGGCAAGACCACCCGCGAGGACCACAUGAAGCUGAAGGUGCAGGGGGUGGAGUGCCUCUACGGCUGCUACGUCCACUCCUCCAUCGUCCCCACCUUCCACCGCCGCUGCUACUGGCUGCUGCAGAACCCCGACAUCGUCCUGGUUCAUUACCUGAACGUCCCGGCCAUGGAGGAGUGCGGCCGCCCCUGCGCCCCCCCGCUUUGCGCCAGCGGCCCCCCCCUCUGCGCCGCCACCGCUGACCCCCGCGAGUGGCUCAAGUGGUCGCGGGAAGAGCUCGUCGCCCAGCUCCGCCCCAUGUUUCACGGGAUGAAGUGGGGCUGCGGGAACGGGGGGGGGGCCCCGGCCGGGCUCUCGCUGGAGCAGCUGGUGCAGCACGUCCUGGAGAGUCACCAGGCGCGGCCGCCCCCCCGCACCCACGCCUGCCUCUGCGCCGGGGGGCUGGGCACCCCGGGCCACAAGUGCGGCAGCACCAAACACCGAAUCAUCUCCCCCAAAGUGGAGCGGGGGGGCGCAAAGGGGGGGGCGGCGGCGGCGGUGACGACCGACCCCCCCAAAGCUGCUCCCUCCUCCCCCGACACCACCCAACCCUCCCCAGGCCUGACAGGGGCCCCCCCCGAGGGCCCCCCCUCUUUUCCCCCAGGAUUCCCCCUAUUAGUAGUGGCUAAUUUAGGGGGGGCGGCCCCGGGGGGGCCCGAAAAUCCUUUGGGUCUGACCCCCAGCCAGCACCUGGUGACCCCCGAAAGUUCCUGCCCCACGGCACUGCCCCACGGCGCCGUGGGGCUGCCCCACACCGCGCCCCCCCCUGCCUUCGACCCCGAUUGUUUCCUCAACAGCCCCCGCCGGGGUCAAACCUACGGCUGCGAGGCCGAAGCCCCCCCUGGCGCCCCCCCCCCCGGUCCCCCCAAAAUUAGGGGGCGACGAUGGGUGACACCGGGCCCCCCCCCACCCCACGGGAGCCCCCCCACACCCCACUCCCCCCCCCUUCCCCUCCCGCCCCCCCCCUCCGACCCACCGCCGCCGGCCAUCACCGACUUCUCCCCGGAGUGGUCCUACCCCGAGGGUGGGGUGAAGGUGCUGAUCACGGGACCGUGGGGCGCCGGCGCCUACAGCUGCCUCUUCGACCGAGUGUCGGUGCCGGCCGCGCUGGUCCAGCCGGGCGUCCUGCGCUGCUACUGUCCCCCACACGAAGCCGGCGUGGCCGCCCUGCGCGUGGCCUGUCCCCCCCGGCUCCUCUCGGCCGCUGCCCCCUUCGAGUACCGGGCACGGGGGGGGGCGACGGGUCCCCCCGGCUCCCAGCUGGACUGGUUGGCCCUUGACGAGGCCCAGUUCCGUCUGUCCAUCCUGGAGCGGCUGGAGCAGCUGGAGACUCGCCUGGGGGCCCUGCCCCCCCCCGCGCCCCUCCCCCCGCCGCGGGGGAACCCCACGGAGACCCCCCCGGAGCAGGGGCCGGGGUCCUCCUUCGAGGCGCGGGUGGUGGCCGUCUGCGAGGCCAUGAUGGCGCGGCUGGGCUGGUCGGGGACGACGACGGCGUCGGGGACGGCGCUGGCCCACGGGGCCACCUUCCGCGGGAUGACGCUGCUGCACCUGGCGGCCGCCCAGGGCUACGCCGGCCUGGUGGAGACCCUGCGGCGUUGGCGGGCGCUGGCGGCCGACAGCCUGGAGCUGGAGCAGGAGGUCGACCCCCUCAACGUGGACCAUUUCUCCUGCACCCCCCUGAUGUGGGCGUGCGCCCUGGGUCACCGGGAGGCGGCGGAGCGGCUGUGCCGCUGGGACCGACGGGCGCUGGCCGUCCCCGACACGCUGGGGCGGCUGCCGCUGGGCCUGGCCCGCGCCCGCGGUCACCUGGCCCUUGUCACCCGCCUGGAGGAGCUACAGCCGCAGCUGUCACCCGCGUCCCCGCGCUGUCACCUCCCCGGCCUGCGCGUCCCUUCCCCGCUCUCCGCCAGCCCCGAUACAGGGCUGAGCACGGCCAGCAGCCUCUCGUCCCCCUCGGGCCUCUCGGAGGGACCCGGCUCCGUCCCGCUGCCCCCCCGCCCCCCCCAGCCCCCCCGACGACGCCCCGUCCCCGCCCGCCGACGCCCUGCAGGCGGAGGUGGUGACGUUGGCGCGACAGAUCAUCGAGGCCACGCCCGAGCGCAUCAAACAGGAGGCGCCGGGGGGGCCCCUGGGGACGCCGGCGGGGGGGACGAUGACGACGACGACGACGACAGCGGUGACGCCGGGGACGGCGGGGCUGAGCGCGGCCAUGGCCUGGCUGGCCACCUACCUGGAGAGCGUCGAUCGCCCCCCCGCGCCCCCCCACAGGUUUUUGGGGGACCCCCAUAUCCCUGGGGGGGGGGUGGGGGGUGUCACCGUGGGCUGGGAGCGGAGGCGCCAUCCCGGGGGUCCCCGGGGGUCCCCGAAAAGCCGCCGCUGCCACCCCCCCCCUCGACGGCCGGCUGGGCCGAGUUCCUCAACGCCUCGGGGGGGGCGCGGGGGGAGAGCGCCGUCGCCCUCCUCACCCUCUCCGACCAGGAGCAGCACGAGCUCUACGAAGCCGCUCGCCUCGUCCAAGGCGCCUUCCGCAAGUACCGGGGCCGGAGGCUGAAGGAGCAGCAGGAGAUGGCGGCCGCCGUCAUCCAGCGCUGCUACCGCAAGUAUAAACAGCUCACCUGGAUCGCUCUGAAGUUCGCGCUGUACCAGCGGAUGACGCAGGCGGCCAUCCUGAUCCAGAGCAAAUUCCGGAGCUACGCGGAGCAGAAGCGGUUCCAGCGUCGCCGGCGCGCGGCCGUGCUCAUCCAGCAGCGCUACCGCAGCCACCGCGAGCACCAGCGGCUGCAGCAGGGACCCCGCGCCAGCGCGCCCGCCGUGACAGCGCGUCUGCGGGGCACCUUCCUCACCAUCAAGCAGGACCAGGCGGCCCGGAAGAUCAUGCGGUUCCUGCGGCGCUGCCGACACCGGAUGGAGGAGCUGAAGCAGAACAAGGAGGUGGACAGUUUACAGAAGCGGGGCCUGGCCUCGUGACACCCCCCACGGGUGACCCAGGUGUCCGGGGGGGGCUCCCCUCCCCCCCCCCACGGGUGACCCAGGUGUCCAGGGGGGCUCCCAUCCCCUCCUUCCCCCCCCCCCACGGCUUUGCCUUAUCUCCGGUGCCAAUCACCCCCCACCCACUGGCACCCGGACGCCUGGGUCCCGCCCCUCGUGGGGCUCAUGGGAGGGGGGGAGGGGGGGGUAGAGCCACCCCACGCCCCUCCCCCCACGCUCCUGUACCUCCCCUCCCUCCCCCCCCCCCCGCAUGCCCACACCCUCGCCCCCCCUCCCCCGGCCCUGCGUGGGCUCUUUGUACAAAGUUCCAUUAAAAAAGAGGAAGC